AUGGUCACGCUGCUAUUAUUCUCAUUGCUUACUUCACCAACACUUGGUUGCUUCGGUGGUGGAGGCGGCUCACAAUGCUGCCCUCCUACUCAACCAGCUUGUGGAGCACCACCGUGUGGAGGAGCUGUCGGAUACGCCACAUCUGGCGGUGCUUAUCCGCUAGCGCCCAGUUCAGGUGGCGGUUAUCCCAGAGCUCCUACAGGGUAUGCCGCUCCUCCACCUCCUCCACCACCUCCAUUGUUGCCACCACCACCACCGCCACCGCCACCGCCACCGCCACCUCUUCUUCCACGGCCACAGCCACCACCACCAUCCUAUGGUGGUUCGUACAGUGGCUCAUAUAGUGGACCGUCUCAUGGUGGAUAUCAAAGAGCCAUUCAACCUGCCCCAUUAGCUCCUGCUCCAUCAGGAAUUUAUUCUCAGCAGCAGGUUGAUGCAGCAGGAAGAGGUUAUUUCCAGGAAGGUCAAGGUAGAAGUAGCGCUGGUCUCACUCCAGACACAAGUGGGAGACAGACUGAAGAUUCUAACUACCAUCAAGUUGCUCCAGCUGCCGCAAGCCCACAUAAACCUACAGCGGUCGGAUCUGAAUUUGUUCCACCUGCUUCAGUAGAUUCCAAUCCGUCCCAUCCCUUGCCUAGUAUAGGGAAGAGCACAGACUACGAUAAUACCGAGUACGAACAAGAAAAAGAGCAGCCUGCUGAUAAUUCUAUCGACGAAGCAGAGGAGCAUGUAAAACCCGUAGCACCGCAAUCGGGGUCGUAUGUACCUCAUCUUGUCCCACACGCUGUUGAGACUCCAGCUCCUUACGCUCCUGCUCCUCAGACCGAAGCUCCAUAUAUUCCACCUGUCCAAACCGAAGCCCCAUAUGUUCCUCCUGUCCAGACCGAAGCACCAUACGUUCCUCCUGUACAGACUUCAGCUCCUGAAACCAUAUCUCCAUACAAACCUCCAGCCCACACCGAAACCCCCUAUGUACCUCCUGUGCAAACUCCAGCCCCACAGACCCCGCCUCCAUACGUUCCUCCUAUCCAGACCGAAGCUCCACAUAUUCCUCCUCUCCAGACCGAAGCUCCAUAUGUUUCUUCUGUACAGACCGAGGCUCCAUAUGUUCCUGCUGUUGAAACUGAAGCCCCAUAUGUUCCUUCUGUGCAGACCGAGCCUCCAUACGUUCCUCCUGUCCAGACUGAAGCUCCAUACGUUCCUCCUGUCCAGACUGAAGCUCCAUACGUUCCACCUGUCCAGACCCCAGCUUCUCACGUACCUCCUGUAGAGACAUCGGCUCCACACGUUCCUCUUGUUCCAACUGCCUCUCUCUAUGUUCCAUCUGUUGAGACUCACUCAGAAUAUGCACCACCAGUUCCAUCUGGUCCAUACAUGCUACCAGAACAAACAGAACCACCGUAUGUUGAAUCAGCGCAACCUUCACAGCCAUAUCGACCAUCAGAACAGUCUCAAAUUUCGAAUCUACCAACAAUACGAACACCCUCCGAGUAUGUUUCAUUUGAAGAGACUGUAUCACCACCUCAUGGAAGUUAUGAAGAAAACAAGAAUGCUCCACGGAAAAACUAUGAAGAAGUGCAACCUAGUGAUAAUGUCAGCGAGCAUGAAGAAAAAGGAGAGAACUAUGACAACGAUGAUGGCAAUGAGUCAACCUACAAAGCCGAAGAAGCGUCUUUCAAAACCGAACCUGAAGAAACACCGUACAGAAGGAGGAAAGUUUAA